UGAUUAUAAUUGGGACUAGCGUGCGAGUCUAUUCAAUUAGCGCGCCUGUUGAUAAGUCGGCAAACUCGUUUGAAUGCUCCUAGCUGAUUACGGUUUGGAUAAGAUACUAUUCGUGAAAAAUUACAAAGUCGAUCGAUAAUAUGACUCAUUUUACUACGUUACAACUAAAUUUACAGUAAAUUAUUAAAUUAUUUGGAUUUGCAAUAGAAUAACGUGGAAUAAAACGACAAUGAAGAAAUUUACAUCAAGUGGAAUGCCCAGAAGAACGGGUUUUGUUCUACUUGUCCUUAUGUUCUUUUGCUUUUUUUUAUUGUUUUUUUAUCAUCGUAAUAGAAUUACUGAGUACCAGCCACAGCCAAUUAUAUCAGAAGAUAGUCUUUCAUUAAAGAUUCAGAAUAUUCUUGAUCAGCUGCGACGUAACAUCAAACAUGAAAUGGAGAAUUACGAGUUUCCCAAUGGAAAAUUUAGUCGCAAUAUAAGCAAUCUUGAUGACUUAUUAAUGGAAAAAGGCGGUCGACCAAUGAGAAGUAUUCUUGUUGCUGACUGGAGAACCGGAAGUUCUUUUACUGGUAACAUAAUUAACUCGCAUCCUGCAAAUUUUUAUUUAUACGAACCACUGCGAGACUUUGGUAGUUUUCACAUUAGGGAUCCCCUAUUAGUUGAUGCUGCAAUUAAAAAUAUUUAUAAAUUUUUUAAUUGUGAAUUUGAUAAAUUACAAUACUUUAUAGAUUUCAACAAACACAGGCGAUGGAUUUACAAACACAAUCAAGAUUUAGAGCCGCAUUGUGUUAAGCAAAGAGACUUAUGCUCGGAUCCAAUAUUUUUAACUGCAGUUUGUCGGCUGUAUCCAUUUCAAUCGAUGAAAUUUGUUCGGCUGUCAUUAGAAUCUGCUCAAUUGUUACUGGAGGACGAGCACCUGGGAGCCCGCAUGAUUUUAUUAGUGAGAGAUCCACGAGGAAUCAUGCAAUCGCGUAGACGACUCGAAUGGUGUCAAAAUUCUACUGAUUGCUCAGAUCCACAAGUUCUGUGUAACGAUAUGGUAUCAGAUCAUAAAGUUGCCAUCGAGCUUAAAAAAAAAUAUCUACAUACUUUCAAAGUCGUACGGUUUGAAGAUUUAUCUCUCGAUCCUCAGCAUAAAGCGAAAGAAAUAUUUGAAUUUUAUGGUCUGAACUUUCAUUCGAAUGUGGAAGAGUUUUUGGAAACACAUACUAAAAAUAAUUCAGGAAAUAGUUACAGUUCGUUCCGUGAUUCAAAAAGGGCGCCUGUUCACUGGCGUAAUGAAAUGAAUUUUACAGAAGUUGAAGAAAUUCAACGUGUCUGUUCAACUGCAAUGAAACUGUGGGGUUACGUUCUAGCUGUCAACGAAACUCACCAAAAGGAAUUUAAUCCAAUUGUUGAUAAUUAUCGACCAUUUUAAUACGUGAAUCUUUUAAUUGAGAUACCCCACAAGUCAGGUUUUUUACGAAAUUGGGUUUUUUGCAUUUUUGGGUUCUUUGGAUGUCUCUCCAUAGAAAUCAAUCAAAAUAUGAAUCAAAUCAGCGUUUAAAAAGAAAUUAACGGGUUGACAGCAAUUUCAUUUAAUUGAUAAACCCCAUAAGUCAAUGACUCAAAUAAACAUAUGCAGUUUUAGUUUUACAGAAAUCGUUUUUUUUUUUUUAUUUAAAAUUCGCGCUUUUUUGGGAAAUUAAUUUCAAAUGUUGUUUUAUUGUUGACUGUUAUAUGACUAAUUAAAAUGUUUAAAUUAAUUAUAAUUUUUUGUAAUUUUUGAGUUUCAGAGUUCAAAUACA